CUCCACGCCGGGACCGGAAGUGGCGGCCGCGUGAAGGCGGCAACAUGGCGGCCCCCGGCAGGAGGAAGCUGGCGGAGCUGAGCCUGGACGAGUUCCUCGCUGCCGGCUCGGACUCGGAGCAUGACGGCGGCUGCGAGGAGGAGGAGGAGGAGGAGGAAGGCGGCCGGGCCCGCGGCAGCGCUGCGAGGCCGCGGCGGCCGGGCGGGAAGGCGGCCCCGGGGCUGCAGGCACGGCCGGGCAGCAGGAGGAAGGGAAAGGCGUCUGAGCACAAGGACCAGCUCUCCAGGCUGAAGGACAGAGACCCCGAGUUCUACAAGUUCCUGGAGGAGAACGACCGCAAGCUGCUGGAUUUCGAUGCCUCGGACAGCUCUGAGGAGGAGGAGGCUCUGCACAGACCCCCUGAGACCCUCGAGGAAGCCAGUGAUGAAGAAGAUGAUGAUGAUGAUGACGAAGAGCAAGAAAAGGCCAAAAGGAAGAAAGUUUCCUUGAUCCACGUGACCCUGAAGAUGGUGGAGGAAUGGAAGAAAGCUGCCCAGAGGAAUCUCACCCCAAAACUCUUCCAUGAAAUCACCCAGGCCUACAAGGCAGCUGUGGCCACCACCAAGGGUGACAGUGGUGAGGACCCCAGCAAGUUCCAGGUGUCUGACACUGCAGUGUUCAACACCCUGGUGUCCUUCUGCAUCCGGGACCUCUUCCAGCACCUGCACAAGCUGCUGCUCCCCAAAGCCCCCAAGAACAAACUCAAAAUGGUUCUCCCUUGCACCAGCCCCCUCUGGGGAAAGCUACGACUGGACAUCAAAGUCUACCUUGGCUGUACAAUACAGCUGCUGUCGUGCCUGACAGAGGCCUCGGUGGGUGCAGCAGUGCUGCAGCACGUGAAUGCCACAGUCCCCUAUUACCUGUCCUUCCCCAAGCAGUGCCGGGCCCUGCUCAAGCAAACCAUCACUCUGUGGAGCACAGGGGAGGAGACAGUCCGAGUCCUGGCCUUCCUGGUGCUCAACAAGAUCUGCAGGUACAAGAAGGAGGCUUACCUCAGCCCCCUGCUCAAGCAAAUGUACAUUGCCUUUGUGAAGAACUCGAGGUUCACCUCUCCCAACGCGCUGCCCAUGAUCAGCUUCAUGCAGCGCACGCUGACGGAGCUGCUGGCGCUGGACACGCACGUGUCCUACCAGCACACCUUCCUCUACAUCCGCCAGCUGGCCAUCCACCUGCGCAGCGCCAUGGCCCUCAGGAAGAAGGAGAACUUCCAGUCAGUGUAUAACUGGCAGUACAUCCACUGCCUGCACUUCUGGUGUCGAGUUCUGAGCACCAUCCACCCCAGCGAGGUCCUGGAGCCCCUCAUCUACCCCUUGACACAGGUCAUUAUUGGCUGUAUCAAGCUGGUGCCCACGUCCCGGUUCUACCCCCUGCGCAUGCACUGCAUCCGUGCCCUCACCCUGCUGUCCCAGAGCACCAGGACCUUCAUCCCCGUGCUGUCCUUCAUCCUGGAGAUUUUCCAACAAGUGGAUUUCAACAAGAAGCCAGGACGGAUGAGCUCCAAACCCAUCAACUUCGCCGUGAUCCUGAAGCUCUCCAACGCCAACCUGCAGGAAAAGGCCUUCAGGGAUGGCCUCAUUGACCAGCUCUACGACCUGAUCCUGGAAUAUCUCCACGGCCAAGCCCACAGCAUUGGCUUCCCAGAGCUGGUUCUGCCCACUGUCAUCCAGCUGAAAUCCUUCCUGAAGCAGUGCAAGGUUGCCAACUACUGCAAGCCCAUGCGGCAGCUGCUGGAGAAGGUGCAGGAGAACUCAGCCCACAUCUGCAGCAGGAGGCAGCGAGCGACCUUCGGCGUGGCCAGCACGCAGGCCGUGGAGGAGUGGGAGAAGCAGGUGAAGGAGGAGGGGACGCCCCUGGGCAGGUAUUACACUCAGUGGAAGAAGCUGAGAGAGAAGGAGAUCCAGCUGGAGAUCAGUGGCAAGGAAAGACUUGAAGACUUGAACUUCCCAGAAAUCAAGCGCAGGAAGCAGGACGAGAGAAAGGAGGAGGAUAAGAAGGAAUUCAAGGAUCUCUUUGAGCUGGACAGUGACUCUGAGGAGGAGAACGGGGGAUUCUCUGUGAAAGGGAAAGGCAGAGCCAGGCAGGCCUCGGACGACAGCUCAGACGCCAGCAGCGAGGAGUUUGGGGAGGAGGAUGAUGAUGAAGAAGGAAAUUACGAAGUGGAGGAGGAUGAGGAAGAGCUGGAAGAGGACAGCGAGUCCGAGGGGGAAGGCGGGGAAGGAGCCCGGGAUUCCCGGGGGAGCAGCCGCGGCCCCCGGGGGCUGUCCCGCUCCGACCUGGAGCAGCUGGCGCAGGGUGGGGACGACGUGGUGCAGGACCUGGAGAUUUCUGAUGAGGACUGAGCCCCUGGAGCUGCUGGAGCACGGGGGGAGCACCCCAGGGACACCCAGGACCCGCUGGGGACACCGUGGGACCUCUCAGCUCAGCUUUUUCUACCACUUCUGUUUUUGGUACCAAUAAAACCGUGGCCAAGUCAAGGCCAGUAAAAACUGCUCAGCAGAGGGAAUAAAAGUCCCUCAUUAAAAUCUGCUGCUUUCGACAGCACAGGAUUCACUUCCAGCUCCUGCUAAGGGAGCUGGGCGAGGGCAGGACGAGGGUUUUGUCCAAGGUUUCUCCUCUCUGCCCCACCAACCACUCCAGGGUUCUCACCAAACCCUCCCUGGCACCAAAACCCCUCAAGGCCUGCACAGACUCUCCCAGGGCUUUGGAGCUUCCAUGGAAGCCUGGAUCAGUUCAAGCUGGCUCUAAGAGUGCUGCAGAAGGAAACUUUAAAUUAAAAUUUCUUGGGCUGGGGAUGUUGUGGUGGCAGGAAGGAAUAAGAAAAGGCAGAAUUGAUCAUGUAGGAAACAGUGCCCAGGUGAGAACUGCACCACCUUAACUGUAAAGAGAUUUUCAGUUUGUAGAAGAGUUUAACUUACCUGUUCUUCCAGGAGAAAAAGGAUUUCCCUUUUUCUGCUGGCUCUAAAUGAGCUGGGCUGGGAACCAGCCCUGGCCUUGCACUCCAGGCAGGAAUGGGGCAGCUCCUGCCCCUGUGGGGAGGCACCCAGGAAAGGAAGGCGGAGCCUGCUUGGGUAAAGCCAGGUACCAUUUGUAAAUUAAGUGUUUCUCUUUUUUAUUUAAAUUGAUUGCUGGAAAGCAUUUUUUAUCGUGAUGUGAUGGAUAAUGAUAUUUUUUUCCUUUUUUUACAAUAUAAAGAAGCUAAAGUACCACCAAAGCUAUUCUGUAAGAAAAACGGCAGCACGUGCAACGUUUAAACAAAAAAACCAAAAAAAAAAAAAAAAAAAAGGGGGACGGGGGGAGAGAAAGAGAGAGAGAAAAAAGUACCACAUGUGAUUGUUGUUCACAACUGUACAAGUCACAGGAGGUCACCCCGGCGGUCCCAGCUCAUUCACAGUAGUAAAAGCUCUGCCCCGGGCACCUCCACCCUGCACCUCCAGCCCGGGGUGGGGCCGGGGCCGGGCCCUCCUCCUCCCCCGGGGCUGCUCCUGGAGCCGAACAUCCCCAGGAAUGCAGCGAAUGCACCUGCAGGGCUGCAGGGCUGCAGCACGGCCCCCGUGCCCCGGGUGCCUCUGUACCAUCCGCACAAAGUAAACAUGGACGGGAACGCGCCGCUUUCCUUUCUGUCCUUUUUUUUUUUGUCUUUUUAUCCUUUUUGUCUGUCUUUGGUAUUGUUUUCAAAGUUGCUAGAGAUGCAUAGAACACCUGAAUGAGGAACCGAGCCCAGUGUCCAGGGAGGAGGGAGGUCUGGAAGGCGGCUGGGUGGGUGUGGAUGGGUUUUUUUUGCUCGAAGUACCGGUGGGAGGAGCGGAGCCCCUUCCCUUCCCUGUGGAGUCACAGCCCGGAGUUCUGAAGGCAAAGAGCAGCCUGUCCAUGAUCCUGUGCAGGGCUCUCCAGCUCCCCUGGGGAGUGUGGAAGGGAACGGGAAUGCUGCUCCAUCCUCCAGCAUCCUUCUCUUCACUUGGCGUCGUCCCACGACAACAUCUUUGGAUCAUUUUCCUUCCUUCCCUUUACAUUUUUUUUUUUUGACAGUUCAGAAAUCGUCUCCGUGGUUCUUGUUUUAAUUAUUAUUAUUAUUUUCCCCAAACGAAAGAUAAAAAAAAAAAAAAAGCAAA